AUGGUACUCAGGCAGCGAUUUAAAAAAGUUGUGUCUUUAAAAUCCGUUAAAGUAUUAGAUGCUUUUCCUAAGGUUGAUAAUUCUUGCAGGGAAUCUUCACCUGUUGGGGGUACACUUAGUAUAAUAUCUUAUAUUUUAAUGUUAUGGAUUUUAUAUUCUGAAAUAACUUAUUAUACAAACAGUAAAAUUACUUACAAAUUUUUACCCGAUGUCGAUUUUGAUCAAAAAGUUAAAAUAUAUUUAGACAUGACAGUUGCAAUGCCAUGUUCAGCUGUCAGUGCUGAUAUAUUGGAUUCUACUCAACAAAGCGUUUUUAACUUUGGGGAACUGCAUGAGGAAAAUACUUGGUUCGACUUAGAACCAUCUCAAAAGAUUAAUUUUGAUCAAAUUAAAAAUGUAAAUGCUUUAUUGAGGCAGGAUUAUCAUGAAGUUCACGAAUAUUUAUGGAAAUCUGCAUCUCCUUCUUUUAUUAACGUUUAUGUUCCUAGGAAAAAUUUACCGAAUCGCCCGUAUGAUGCAUGCAGAAUUUAUGGUGAAUUGGUUCUUAAUAAAGUAGCUGGAAAUUUUCAUAUAUCAGCUGGAAAAUCAUUACAACUACCUCGAGGUCACAUACACAUAGCUACUUUUAUGUCUGACAAAGAAUUUAAUUUUAGUCACAGAUUAAAUUAUUUUUCUUUUGGUGAUUAUAGUCCGGGAAUAGUUCAUCCGUUAGAAGGAGAUGAAAAAAUAGCUACGGACGCAAUGAUGUCUUAUCAAUAUUUUAUAGAAGUUGUACCGACCGAAGUAAAAACGUUUCUCACAAAUCAAUUAACUUAUCAGUACUCCGUCAAAGACUAUCAAAGGCCAAUUAAUCACAAUACGGGAUCCCACGGGAUUCCUGGGAUAUUUUUCAAAUACGAUAUGAGUGCAUUAAAAGUAAUUGUGAUGCAAGAAAGAGAUUCGCCGAUUAAUUUUGCUGUUAAAUUGUGUGCCUCCAUUGGUGGAAUUCACAUCACUUCCGGUUUAGUUAAUAAUAUUAUUUUAUAUUUGAUUAAUUUUUAUAAAAAAUAA